GAGAGGAGUGCCGGGAAUGUCAGUGAAUGCGUGGUGCGAGCGACGCACCUGGGGAAUUACCAGAACAAGUAACCGAGCUGUUGCAUUUUUAAUGGAAGUUGUCCUGACCGAGGACAUGCGCUGAGUUUCAGCUGCGGAUCAAAGCAGAAAAUGUACACUACAGAGCGCAGGCGAAUGAGCCUGCACGAGCUGAGGAGGAAAGAUCCAGUGUGGGUGUCUGCUGGGAGUUUGUGGCAGGACACUCUGGCCAUGGAGCUGAGCGCCAGCAGCUCGGGUAAACAGAUCGUUUCUCCUCGGAGCCGGACCAGGGCAGUAUCCGUGGCAUAUAUUGUGAACGAGGACGCGUCGGUGCCGCAGACGGAGGAGAACUUGUCACUGAAGUGUCUGAAGGAAGCCUGCGCGGACGUACACGCCGUGUUCAAAACCAUUUCAUUUGAGAGAAUAUCACUGGGGACCACUGACAUCCUGGAUCAUUUCUACAAUGCAGAUGUAGCAGUGGUUGAGAUGAGUGACACUUUCUGCCAGCCUUCCCUCUUCUAUCACCUUGGUGUGAGAGAAAGUUUCAGUAUGACCAAUAACAUUAUCCUGUACUGUUACAAGCAAGACAGUGAUCUACAGGCGGUGAAGGAGCAGUGUGGAAGUUACACGUUCAUCCCUUAUGUCGUGUCACCGCAAGGUAAAGUGUUUGCCUGCGAUGCCUCAAUAAUGACUGGGAUCAAAGAGUUGAUGCAGCCUAGUUUCCAGCUGGAGCCCCUGCUCACCCCGCUGGUGGAGAGGCUGGUGAAUCUGCUGAACAAUGUACACAUUCAGUCCAGCGAGUACUUCCGGGAGUCGAUCAGGCACGAGAUUCGUAUGGCACGGGAGCGGUUCAGCGGACAAGCCCUGAGUGAAGAGCUGAGCCACAUCCAGAAACGCCUCGACAGCGUGGAGCUGCUCACCCCUGAUAUAGUUAUGAACCUGCUGUUGUCCUACAGGGACAUUCAGGACUAUGACUCCAUAAUCAAACUGGUGGAGACUCUGAACCACUUGCCCAUGUGUGUGGUAGCAAGACAUCAGAAUAUUCAGUUCCACUAUAUAUUUGCUCUGAACAGGAGGAAUCACCCUGGAGAUCGUGCUAAGGCUUUGAAGGCCAUUUUGCCUAUCGUGGAGUCGGGGGGCAUGGUGGCAUCUGAUGUGUACUGCCUGUGUGGACGCAUCUACAAAGACAUGUUCAUGAGCUCUGGGUUCACUGAUCAGGGCAGCAGAGAUCAGGCCUGCUACUGGUAUGGAAAAGCUUUUGAGACAGAGCCAACGCUUCACUCGGGUAUCAACAACGUGGUCCUCCUGAUGGCAGCCGGACAUGAAUUCGACACUUCUAUUGAGCUGCGCAAAAUAGGUGUGACCUUAAGCAGCCUUCUCGGUAGGAAGGGUAGCUUGGAGAAGAUGAGGGAUUACUGGGAUGUCGGCUUCUACCUCGGCGCAAACAUUUUAGCUAACGAGCACCGGAAAGUCAUCGAGGCCUCGGAGAAACUCUACAGGCUCAAGGCUCCUAUCUGGUAUGUUGCAUCUAUUAUGGAGACAUACAUCCUGUACCGACAGUUUGCCAAGUUGUCCGAGGUGGCAUCUCCUAAACAGGAAACCAUGGAGUUAUGGAUGGAGCUGCUAUUGCAGUCCUGUAAACCCACCGACUCCACAGACCGCUGCCCAGUGCUUAUUCUGGAGCCCAGUAAAGUCCUUCAACCAGCUAUUGUGUGUGUGAGUGAAGAGGACGAAAGUCGCACUGUCCAGUUGAAACACGUCACACCCUUAAAGAAAGGCUUACACCAGUGGACUUUCCCAGCCUCUGCAAUCCGUGGAGUGAGUGCUUCAAAGAUUGACGAGCGGAGCUGUUUCCUGUACGUCCACUACAACUCAGAUGACUUCCAGAUCUGCUUCCCCUCUGAGCUUCACUGUAAAGGUUUCUGCGAGCUGGUGAACUCUCUGCUGCAGCAGGCUGAAGACUCUGCUCAGGACCUGGACCAUCUGACUGAAGGAAUACUAGAGUACAUCUAUGAGACCAAUGAGAAUGGCGACAAGGUGGUUCUGGGUAAAGGCACGUACGGUGUGGUCUACGCCGGGAGGGACCUGAGCAACCAAGUACGCAUCGCCAUCAAAGAGAUCCCGGAGAAGGACAGCACGUACUCCCAGCCCCUUCAUGAGGAGAUAGCUCUGCACAAGAGGCUAAAACACAGGAAUAUUGUCCAGUACCUGGGCUCUGUCAGUGAGGAUGGUUUCAUUAAGAUCUUAAUGGAGGAAGUACCAGGAGGCAGUUUGUCAUCUCUCCUGCGCUCCAAAUGGGGUCCUCUGAAAGACAAUGAAGCCACCAUCAUCUUCUACACCAAACAGAUCCUAGAGGGGCUCAAAUACCUUCAUGACAAUCAGAUAGUCCACAGAGACAUUAAGGGUGACAAUGUAUUGAUCAACACAUAUAGUGGCGUACUGAAGAUCUCUGACUUUGGAACCUCCAAACGAUUAGCAGGGAUCAACCCUUGUACGGAGACAUUUACUGGAACUCUUCAGUAUAUGGCCCCAGAGAUUAUAGACCAAGGACCUCGGGGUUAUGGGAAGGCAGCUGAUAUCUGGUCCCUGGGGUGCACUAUUAUAGAAAUGGCAACAGGCAAAACACCCUUCCAUGAGCUGGGAAGUCCUCAGGCAGCCAUGUUCAAGGUGGGCAUGUUUAAGAUCCACCCCAAAGUCCCAGAGUGCAUGUCAGACGAGGCAAAGGGUUUCAUCAUGAACUGCUUCGAGCCAAACCCAGACGACAGAGCCACAGCUGCAGAGCUGCUCAUGGACGCCUUCCUCAGGUCGUCCCCCAGGAAAAGGGCCAAGGCUCUGCAGGAAUCAGAAUCUACAGACGCCCUUUCUGCUGACUAUCAACGCAGCCUGUCGGUACCUAUAUCCAUCCUUGUGGAGGACACUGAUUCAUACUCGGAUUCAAUUGACCUGUCCUGUUCCCUGGACUUCAGAAGGCACCACUCCACCCUCAGACCAAGUGAAGAGAGCCCACCCACCACGAGCAGCUUCCUGCUAAUACCAGAGGACUCUGCAUCAGACAUGAGCAGUCCAGCCUCAACAGAGGAGAAUAUUGGUCUUUUUAUGCUGAGAAAGGAUAGUGAGAGGAGAGACACACUGCACCGAGUUCUCACUGACUAUAUCGGUUUUGUCAUCUGUAAUAUACAGGAGUCCGUGCCUCAGUAUGGCAAAGGAUCAUCGCUCACCGCAGACCACAUCACCAAGCUCAUUGGUUGCUUGCGAGACAACAUCCGCUCCCCGGACAGGAAGCAGCUGACCGUUGGCCUGCUGGACCUCAGAGCAUCGCUGCUUGCCGCCUCAGUACCUCUGAACAGCCUGCAGGCGGUGCUCUUCAGCUUCCAAGAUGCAGUGAAGAAGGUGUUGAAGCAACAACAAGUGAAACCUCAUUGGAUGUUUGCUCUGGACAACCUGCUGAGACAAGCAGUACAGGAUGCCAUCACCGUGCUCCUACCAGAGCUGAAAAUCCAGCUGCAGUCCUCAUUUGAGAUUGAGGACAGCAUUCCUGAGGAGCUCUCUCCUGACCCAGACACUCCAAUAGUUCCUGUGCCGGACCAGCUGGGGGCGCUAGCAGACCUGCAGCAGACAGCACCCAUACGUGAUAUCAUGCCGGCAGCUGACCCCCACUCUCCUACAGACCUUGUUUUCAAUACCAGCUGUCCCCUCAGCGAGAAUCUGAGAGAUCUACGACUAGAGACCAGACGACUGCUGAGUCAGCUGAGUGAGAAGGAGAGAGAGUACCAGGAGCUGCUGAAGACCACUGUCCAGAGGAAACAGGAACAGAUCGAUAGACUGAGAAAAGCAGCCGUCACUGAGGAUGGUGAGUUGGCCUCACAGAAAAGCUCUAAUCCGGAGGUGAUGGCUUUGGUGCGCUGGCUCAAGUCUAUCCAUGUAGAUCAAGACACCAUUGAAAAGUUGCUCUCUCAUGAGUUCACCUUGGACUGUCUCCUCUACAUGGCCUCCAGGGAUGAUUUGAUAUAUUGUGGAAUAAGAGGCGGCAUGCUGUGUCGAAUCUGGGCGGCCAUCACAGUUCGCAGGAAGUCCCAGCUCAGCACGCAAAAUGAGGACAGUGAGGACACUUCUCUGUAGUGGCUGCUGAUGUUGUACAUCAGAGAACAGAUUUAUCGACAGGCUGGUCCUGCGCUAUCUGGAGGAAGAGAGGCAGUGCUGGUGAACAUAGCUGACUUGCAGGGAAUUGAUGUAAAGCAGAAUAGAUUUUGAACCUUGUUGAGCUGUGAAUGUGUUUUUUUUUGUAAAGAUACUGAACCAGUAUCCUUCUUCCAGUUAUUGUAUGCAAAAAUCUUCACUUCGAAGCUAGACCUUGCCAGCGUUUUUUUUUUUACAUUUUCUCAGGGCUUUUGCAAAUGGGACUAAAAGUAUUGAUUUAUCUGCAAACAAAGUUGUUACUGUUAUUUUAAUGCUGUCUUCUGAUGACACUGUUUUACAGAAAACUUAGCAGGACCUAAGUUAUUUGGGGUAUACUAUAUUUAAACUGAAUGUCUCUGCAUUCUUAGGAGACUGAUUUGUACUAUAUAACCUAUUAAAAUGCAUUCAAAUAAUAAACAAGAACACUGAA